GCAUGAUGGAGGUCUCUGUUUCUUCUGCUUUUCUCAGAGAGUUUGGCUGUGAACAAACUUUACUGUCUCGACCUGAUGGUUCAGCUUCUUUCGUUCAGGGAGAUACGUGCGUAAUGGCUGGAGUGUAUGGACCGGCCGAGGUCAAAGUCAGCAAGGAAAUCUACGAUCGAGCGACCCUGGAGGUGCUGAUCCAACCUAAAGUGGGCCUGCCGGGUGUGAGGGAGCGAUCGCAGGAGCAGUGUGUGAGAGAAACGUGUGAGGCAGCGCUGCUCUUAUCUCUUCAUCCUCGCUCCUCGCUGACUCUCAUCCUUCAGGUUCUGCACGACGACGGCUCCCUCCUGGCCUGCUGCCUGAAUGCAGCCUGCAUGGCUCUGAUGGAUGCGGGUCUGUCCAUGAGCCGCCUGUUCUGUGGCGUGACCUGCGCCAUCACCGCAGACGGGCAGAUCGUCACCGACCCCACGGCCGCUCAGGAGAAGGAAAGUCGAGCUUUGAUGACUUUUGCUAUCGACAGCUCAGAGCGCAAAGCGAUCAUGUCCUCCACCAGAGGGUCGUUUUCCGUUCAUGAGCUGCAGCAGUGUUUAGCUGUGAGUCAGAAAGCUUCAGAGAAGAUCUUCCUCUUCUACAGGGACUCUGUGAGGCGGCGGUACUCCAAAAACCUCUGACGGAGGAGCAACUUUUGUCUCUUUGUGUUGUUUUUUUUUAAUAUAAAGCCUAAAAUAAAUCUGCUGUGAGCCACUCUGACCUGCGUCAGCUGAGCUGUACAGAAGACUCAAACGUUUCUGUUAAACGAUCAAAUAAAGAA